AUGGAAAGUAACGAUGACGAAAUGCAAGUUGAUGACGAAGAAUUGCCUGAUAUCGAUAGAGCCUUGCUAUACGACGAGAUUUAUUUCCUUCACGAGAUAGCUCUGGUUCGAUCACUUUGGAUAUCUCGAGCGCAUAAUAGAGAAUCAUUCCCGUGUAAAUACUGUCUGAUGGUGUGUACAAGUAAAGUUCGUCUGUCCAUGCAUUUGCUAGUUCACAAAGAGUAUGCUGCUCUAACCGCAGAUAAAUUAGAGGUUUCACCUAUCUAA